AAUGACCCAACAACCCGAACCCCGGAAAGCGGUAACAGAGGCUUUCAUCUUGAAGUUACCACACCCUUAUCUCACAGCAUAUGCUGUCGCGAGCGAUUCUACGUCAGGUCAGCCUAAAAGCUACCGAGUAAAGCUAUCCGAGACGCAUGCGAAUGCGAAUGGAAUACUACCGCCAGUAGCACUUCACAAUGAAAGCAUCUCAUUCAGUGAUGCCACUAUAUUGCCCAAAGACACGCUUCCUCAAAAGGGCGACAACAGCUCUUGGGCCAGAACACGCAGAUCACCUUUUGUCACCAUCUCAUGGGAUCUAGAAAGACCUUCUGUGCCACAGUUGUGGCUGGUAGCGUAUGCUUUGGUGUCGUUGCAUCCACUUGUUGAACAGCUCCGCGUCCUCUUUGAUGGCAAGGACGCAGGCUCUUUGCUCUCCGAGCUCUACGCUACUGGCCUAUUCGCUGCUCAUCCUCGGGGGUCUGAUGCAUCUUCUCCACAUGAUGGUCAUCUCCUACUCCGGGGUUCCUUCUGGCAAGGCGCAGCAUCACCUUUUGGUGCUCGUCCUGUAUGGGCACCGCACCUAGAUGUUUCGAACAAACCGAUCACCACAGAAUUUCCUCUCUUUCCUUUCCAAAAUGCGCCCACUACUCAGUUCCCAGCACUCCCGCGCCACACCAUGCAUCCUACUCGCCGUCCAAAGCCGACACCCGGAUCGAUCAUCUACAGUCGAUGGAUACCCCACUUACAAGAGCACUUCACUAUGGUCGCGUUAGAUUACAAGAACGAUGAGCAUCUCAAACUCUUCAAUGUGUGGCAGAACGACCCCCGAGUAGCUGCGGGAUGGAACGAAACGGGUACGCUGGAACAGCACCGCGAGUAUCUCCGCAAGCUACAUGAGGAUCCUCAUGUACUUACAAUGUUUGCUGCAUUCGAUGGUAUCUUGUUCGCCUACUUCGAGGUUUACUGGGCCAUGGAAGAUCACAUGGGUGCGCACUACCUGGCUUCCCCCUACGACCGCGGUCGCCAUUCUCUUGUUGGUGAUAUCCGCUUCAGAGGUCCGUAUCGCGUCUCGGCUUGGUGGUCUGGUCUCAUGCACUACAUGUUUCUUGACGAGCCGCGCACGUGGAACCUCGUUGGUGAGCCAGCGGCGACAAGCAGCACGGUGCUUGCUUACGAUUUUGCCCACGGAUUCCACGUCGAGAAGUUGCUUGACCUGCCGCAUAAGCGUAGCGCACUUAUGAUGGUCAAUCGAGAGAAGUUCUUUGCACUGAGCCCUUUUGUUUGGGAUGGAGAAGAGAAGGUGAGGCCGAGUUUAGAUGCGCUUGCGAAAGCGAAGCUGUAGUAUCGUUUUCCAACAUUUUCUUUCAUUGUAUAUAGCAGAGUAAGAUGAAAAACAUGAGGUAACAAUCAGCUUUCUUUCAACAUUCACAUCAAAAUUCACCAUGUUGCUCCCCCAUCUGCCUGGUUGACACCCUGUGAUAACCCUAAGCACCACAAUGUCUUCAGUCCUCCCCGAACUUCUCUCCAG